AUGCGGAGGGAGGGACCUGAUCUCAGAGACAUCCCGCCUUGGUGCGAAACAGCAUGUGAUCGUGCAAAACACACACCACAUCUUCCUCUUCCCGACAUUAAGCCAGACCACCACACUACUGCCUAUGAAAUUGACCCUACUGACAGCAAACACACUUGUAUCGGAACAGCAGCCGAUUGCGCCUGCAUCAUGUCUUCCCCAAAUAAGUCAAAUUCCCCGUCAGCUCCGGCAGAUGCCGAGCAGCCAGAAGAGAAGCCGCGCCUCACCGAGGCGGAGAAGAAGCAGAACCACAUUGCGUCUGAACAGAAGCGACGUCAGGCCAUCCGUGAGGGCUUCGAUCGGCUAACGGAGCUGGUGCCAGGUCUGGAGGGCCAGGGCCGCUCCGAGGGUCUCGUGCUGAAGAAGACGGUUGAAUUCAUGAAGGAGCAGCUCAGGCAGCGCCAGGAACUGGUGGACCGCAUCGAGAGCACCGGCGGCGAAGUCGACGAGAAGUAUAAGCGGCCGCUAUUUCAUCAGCAGGCGAACAGCACCUCCAGCAGGACGAGGUGA